AUGUCCGAAGGCGAAGUCGAAGUGGCCCAGCCCCAGUACGAUGUCCUCCCCAAGGAGGUCCUCGCCGAAGUUGGCAGCGUCAAGCUGUUCAACCGCUGGAGCUAUGAUGAUAUCGAGAUCCGGGAUAUCUCUCUGACCGAUUACAUCCAGAUCCGCGCCCCGGUCUACAUUCCUCACUCGGCUGGCCGCUAUGCCGUCAAGCGCUUCCGCAAGGCCAACUGCCCCAUCAUUGAGCGCCUGACCAACUCUCUGAUGAUGCACGGCCGCAACAACGGCAAGAAGCUCAUGGCCGUCCGCAUUGUCGCUCACGCCUUCGAGAUUAUCCACCUGAUGACCGACCAAAACCCCAUCCAGGUCGCUGUUGACGCUAUUGUCAACUGCGGUCCCCGCGAAGACAGCACCCGUAUCGGCUCUGCUGGUACCGUCCGGAGGCAGGCCGUCGAUGUGUCGCCCCUACGCCGUGUCAACCAGGCCAUCGCCCUCCUUACCACGGGCGCCCGCGAAGCGGCGUUCCGCAACGUCAAGACCAUCGCUGAGUGCCUCGCUGAGGAGCUGAUCAACGCCGCCAAGGGCAGCAGCAACUCGUAUGCCAUCAAGAAGAAGGACGAGCUGGAGCGUGUCGCCAAGAGCAACCGGUAA